AUGAUUCAGAACUCGUGGCCUUCUUCUCUCGCGUUUGUGUUUUCCUCGCCACGCUGCGAGAUCGCGACGUGGGGCCUUCGCUCUGCUGUUGCAUGCGUUCGGACCGCCUUCGGCUGUAACUCCGGCUUUUUCUGCGUUUCCUCUCCAGAUCUGACGAGCGAUUUCCGCGCCAGCGCCCUGGCGUGCGGGCCGAGUUCGCCGGGAACGCGAGAGGAGGGCCUCCUGAUUGUGGAGAUGCUCUACACCUGCAACAUUCUCGCUCUCGUCGGCAGAGGGCCAGGCACGGCGUGCUGGCCUCGACGAGAACGCGGACAGGAGCCGGAAACCCGGUGGUGCGACGAGGUCUGCGUUCUGUGGGAUGACCGACAGGAAAAGGUUGUCGUUCAACUCCAGUUCCACUCGCAAAUACGAGCCGUCCAGAUGCUCAAGGAAGUGUUACUUGUCAUUUUGACAGAGAAGGUGUGCGUAUACCGUCUCCGCGACCUUUUGCUUCUGGAUACCAUACCCACAGCUCCAAAUCCCAGCGCCAUCUGCGCCUGCGCGUCGCUGCAGUCUGUCUCUUCUGUCUCUCCGGCCUCGUCUGCUGUCUCCGGGGCGGCGGGGCGCGGAAACCCUCACAGCGGCUCGCCUUCGCAGGUUCUCGUCGUCUGCCCCGCUCUUCAGACCGGGCGAGUGCAACUUCUGGUGUACGGCGAGGCGCCGCGUGGUUCUCUUUCUCGCCUCGACUCUCGAGCGUCUUCGCAGGCCUCGUGCGACUCUUUGCGCUCUGGAAGCUUCGGCUCUCAAAGCGACGCCGGCUUUCGGACCUCGGGGACGGCUCCUCUCAUUUCCUCCCUCUCCGUCUGCGCCCACGCAAACGCGCUGGCGUUCGUGAGUCUGAGCGCGGGCGGGGAACUGCUCGGCACCGCCUCCUCCCGCGGCACGCUGCUGCGUGUUUUCGACCCGCGAACUGGAGAUUUUCUCAUGGAAUUUCGAAGAGGAAGUAAUCCCGCGAGGAUCACCUCGAUGUGCUUCAGCCCGUGCCGCCGGUUCUUGGCUGCAUGCAGCAGCACAGGCACGACCCACGUGUUCAAACUGUCUCCGCUGGAGUCGAAAAAUGGACAGCCUGUGUCGGAGAGCGAGAGAGAAAGAGCGACAGGGGGCCGUGCAGCGGGAGCGCGCAGGACGGCGCCGGAGGAAUCAGGAUCCGAAACUGCCAAGACGCUCAGCAGAGCUGACGAAUCGCCCAAAGACCAAGAUGCCGACGGAGGCUUGAAAACGGGUCUGCAGCUCCUCGAGAAACUGUCUCCGUACUUCCACACGGAAUGGAGUUUCGCCCAAUGGAGACUGCCGUCGAAAGACUGCGCGGCCAUCUGCGCCUUCAGCCCGAACCAGCCCAAUACACUCUUCGUGGUGAGCGAAGACGCUUGGUUUUACCAGGUUCGCUACGACCCUGUGCACGGCGGCUCGAUGGCGAAGGUGCAUGCAGAGCGUCUGGAAGCCUCGUAG